UCGUACGCACCACAUGUUGACACAGAGCGUUGUUGACAUAUGAGACGGAAUGAAUGAGGUGUAUCUCUGAGAGUUUGAAAUUACUUAAUAUAUAACCAAGUGAAAAAUUUUGCAUCUUACCACUAGUUGAACAUGUGUACAAGUGCAAAGGGCUUUUACUUUGUGCUUUCGUUUUUGAUGCUUGUGGUUGAAAGAUCGUCUGCACAAGGAGCCGAACAGUCGGGAUCGAGGACUCUAUCCCUUGAUAAGACUAUCGUCUGGGGACCCGGGCUUAAAGCCCGGUUAUCGUUACCCGCCAGAUAUUUUUUUGUCCAGGCUGUGGACCAAUUUGGAGAAAAUUUCACACAUUCACUUGGAGAUAAAGCUUUUGAAGUGAAGAUAACCCAGGAGGAUGGGAGCCGAGCCCGGAUUUACGCCCAGGUCUUGGACCUUUAUGAUGGCAGCUACGUCGUACGAUUCCGUCCAUUUGUCACUUACAGCAGUCUCAGAAUUAAUCUGCUCCAUAAUGAAAACCAUGUCUCUAAAUCCCCAUACUACUUGAGAGGAAUGGUGUACCAUGAAGACUGUUAUUGUCCCAUGACUAAUUUAGAGAAGUGGUAUACAGCACAUGACUGUCCUGACACCUACGAACAGAUAGACAAAGAUCUGUCCAUAUUUAAAAAAGUUAACCUCAAAAAAGUGGCAGCAGAAGCCAUAAGUCGCUUCAACAAGAAGGGCAUGCACAGUCUAACACACUAUCGUAUCAUCAACAACAAGAUUUAUAGGAAGACUUACGGAGAACAUGUUGGAUUUAAAAUGUUCAGUGAUGCCAUCUUACUUUCUCUGACCAGAAAGGUUGUUCUCCCUGACACGGAAUUCUUUGUAAAUCUUGGUGAUUGGCCACUGGAGAAGAAAUCUCUUAAAAAGAUCAAAGCAAUAUUUUUUUGGUGUGGGUCUGAUGUUUCAAGGUUUGUAUACUGUAAACCAACUUUUAUUCGCACAGAGUCCACCCUCCAAAUGAUGUCAAGGGUUACUUUAGAUACACUAUCCGUCCAGUCAACCAAAGUGGCCUGGGAGAACAAGACAGAGAAAGCAUUCUGGAGGGGGCGGGAUAGUCGACAGGAGCGACUGGACCUCGUGGUUAUGUCACGGAAAGAACCUCAACUUAUAGAUGCAGCACUGACUCACAUGUUCUUCUUCAAAAAGGAACCAGAAAAAUACGGAGAGCUCGUGAAAUCUACACCUUUCUUUGAUUUCUUUAAUUAUAAAUAUCAGAUUAAUUUAGAUGGCACUGUUGCUGCCUACAGAUUUCCAUAUCUAAUGGGAGGUAACUCUGUUGUGCUCAAACAAGACUCUCCAUAUUAUGAACAUUUUUACAAGAGCUUAGAACCAAAUAAACAUUACAUUCCGUUCAAAAGGGACCUUAGUGACCUCAGAAAAAAAAUAUUGUGGGCAAAGGAAAAAAAAUUAAUUGCAAAGAAAAUUUCUAGAAAUGCUCAAGAAUUUGUCCGAGAAAAUUUAUUACCAAAGGACAUUUUCUGCUAUCAUGUGAAGUUGUUUGAUAAAUUUUCUGACCUGUUGGUGUCUAGACCUGACAAGCCAGAUGAUUCCUGGGAGCUUGUAGAACAACCUAGUGACAAUGAUUCAAGGUGUGACUGUAAACGAUUAAAGAAGGUCAAG